UUUACGGACCUUAUCUUCAUUUGGCUCCAAUGCAAAGCAACAAGGUCAAACCUAAAAUGAGCCAUUCAUAUUGCAACUGAAUAAGAAACAAUUCUUGUUUGUUCCAUUAGACUUGUGGCGAAGUGUCUGUGGCGUAAGACGGAACCAUCAUGACUUUUGAACUUAACCUAUUUGUAGUCAUGGUUGAGAGUGAAAUCCAGGUUCAAGGUGAACACUUAUUAUAUAAAGAAGCGAAUGCGUACACCACGUCUCGGAAAGCGAAGAAAAUCCUUACCGAACGGAUUUAUUCUUGACUGUUGGAUUUUGAAAAAAAAAAAGAAGACUCGACACUCCAUGGCCAACCACUCCUCUCUUACUCAUUCGUCACGUUCAACGUCACGUCUAUCGAUGGGCAUGCUUAUGCUCGUUCUGUGUGGACUGCUGGCUUCGAUGGUCGCUGCCCAAGGUGAGGCCAGUGAUAUCAAAGUGCCCCAAAACUCGGAAUGGCUUAAAGCUGUCGACUUGUCAAGAGUCCCCGAUAUUGCGGUGCGUCCUGUCGGAUCCGGUAUCUGUCCCAACGCUACAUGCGACGGUACCGAUAACGACCGUUGCUUUGAGAGCUGUGGCAACACACCCACGAAAGAAGAUGUGUAUGGAUGUCCCAAGGAUCACCAUUGGGCAUUGACCUUUGACGACGGUCCGAGCAAAUACACUCACGAACUUUUGGAUCUCUUGGAUAAGAGCAACAUCAAAGCGACCUUUUGCGUGCUAGGCUCCCACGUGAAAGAAUUUCCAGAUGUGCUUCGACGAGCAUACCAAUCCGGUCAUCAAAUCGCUUCGCACACUUAUUCUCAUCCUCACUUGAUGAGCUUAACCAAUGAACAAAUCAUCUACGAAGUCAAGGCCACUGAGGAAGCUAUUCAGGAAGUCCUGGGCAUUACACCCAAGUAUAUCCGACCACCCUUUGGUGAAGCCGAUGCACGUGUGAAAGCCUUGUUGAAAUCCAUGGGAUACAAGGUUCUGCUCUGGAACGUGGAUCCCACCGACUACGAUGUAUUUAACCUCCCCGAUGCUCCUACCAAAAUCCAAGGUGCUUUCAAGAUGGCGGCCGCCGGCAAAGACACAGGUCUCAAUCCCCAUGAAGACGUCGGUUUCAUUAGCUUGCAACACGAUCUUUACAAGGAAUCCAUCGAUCAGGUGCCAGUAGUGAUCGAUUACCUCAAAGGCCGUGGCUACAAAUUUGUCACCUCGGCUGAAUGUGUGGACGAUAAAGAACCCCAUCGAUCGCCCGCUCUGAUGCGUGCUCAGACAGUCGAUAGAGCCGCUUCAGCAUCCACCUCGGCUUCUUCUUCCACCAGCAGCGCGGCCAAAUCGUCCUCGACCGCCAGCAGCUCAUCGAACGAAAAUAUCGCUAGUCCUACCAACUCCCACUCCGGUGCCAAUACGCUUUCCACAUCCGCCUCUUUGCUCUUGGGUCUUGUGGCUCUCACAUUCAUGUUCUCAGCUUAAAAAAAAGUCUUCAUUCAUUGAAGGUUUUUUUAGCAGCCAUUUUUUCUCUUGUUGCAAAAUAAUACAUCGUUCUUACCAAAAUACAUACGUGCAUGUAAUAAGAAAAAAGAAUAACUAUACCAAUGGUGUCCAUCAAACUUGGGUUGUGCCGGGAAAUUUUGAAAGUUGAUGAGAUUGGUGCAACGUUGAAAUUUUGAUUGACACUCACAAGCCACUGCAGUUACAAUGACCUCUUUUGGCAGUCCUUGGGUCUUGAGUUGCCACUUGUUUAAGCUCGUGAUUUCAUGCUGUGGACUCGUCUUCGUCCGUGCAUCUCCUCUUGUCG